AUCCUAAUCGUCGAUUUUUGAGGGAGGAAUUUAUAGAAGGGGUUGAGGAAUUUAUUACGCAUGCAAUGUCACUUGAACCGUUUCGGAUUUAAGGGUUGAUUAGGUGUCCUUGUGUGAAGUGCAAGUGUUUGCAUUAUUUUGGACCAGAGGAUGUUAAGACUCAUCUUUAUCAAAAAGGGUUUAAGGAUAAUUAUUUUGUGUGGACUAGUCAUGGAGAGAUUGAUGGUAUUGAUGGUGUAUUUCAUAAUGUAGUUGGUCAAAGUAGUAGGUUGGUGGGGAAUAAUGUUCAACAUCCGAGAUACCAUGAAAUGGUUGCGGAUGCUCUAGGGAUGCACUUCGAUUUUGAAACCAAUGAAAGUGUUGAACAACCUCCUAAUGAAGAAGCAAAAUAUUUUUAUGAACAUUUAGAGGCUGCUAGUCGUCCACUAAAACAAGGGAGUAUGCACUCUCAGUUGUCUAUUGCGGUUAGAUUAUUAUGUAUCAAAUCAGAUAUCAAUAUUUCUCAAGCAGGAAUGGAUUCUUUCAUUGGCCUUAUGAGUGAACUAGUUGAGCCAGAUUUCAACAUACCUGAAGAUUUCUAUAAGGCUAAAAGAUUGGUUUCUAAGUUAGGACUCUCGUUUAUGAGAAUUGAUUGUUGUGAAGAUGGUUGCAUGUUGUAUUAUAAGGGUGAUGCAGAUUUAGAAAGUUGUAAAUUUUGUGAAAAAUCUCGUUUUAAGCGGCUUUCCAGCGGGAAGAAUGCUGUUGUGAAGUCGAUGCAUUACUUACCUUUUAUUCCUAGAUUAAAGAGGUUGUACGCAUCGAUGAGUUCCGCUCCUCAUAUGAGAUGACACUAUGAAAAUAGAAGGCCGCCCGAUAUUAUGUGUCAUCCUUCAGAUGGGGAAGCUUGGAAGCAUUUUGAUAGGACGUAUCCGGAUUAUGCUAGUGAACCGAGGAAUGUUCGAUUGGGUUUGUGUGCUGAUGGUUUCACGCCAUUUUCUGUUUCUGCAACACCAUAUUCAUGCUGGCCGGUCUUUAUUACUCCGUAUAAUCUUCCGCCUGAAAUGUUUAAGAGUAGUUCAUAUAUAUUUCUAAAUUGUGUUAUUCCCGGUCCCCGCAAUCCAAAGGGUUUGAUUGAUGUAUAUUUGCAACCUUUGAUUGAUGAGCUUAAAUAGUUGUGGUAUGAUGGAGUUGAGACAUAUGAUAUAUCAACUAAGCAAAAUUUCAACUUGCGUGCUAACUUAAUAUGGACCAUUAAUGAUUUUCCUGCGUAUGAAAUAUUGUCUGGGUGGAUAACUGCCGGAAAGUUAGCAUGUCCUUACUGCAUGGAAAAUGGUAAAGCGUUCACUUUAAAACACGACCGAAAGCAGUCAUGGUUUGAUUGUCAUCGUUAGUUCUUGCCAGUUGAUCAUGAGUUCAGAAGGAUGAAGAACGCAGUCAAAAAGAAUACAGUUGAACAUGAUUUGCCGCCACCAACUUAUUUCGGUGAGAAAAUUUGGGAGAGGGUUCAGAACUUCACUAAAGUUACCGAGGCCCCACCUUCUAGAUUUCCUGGAUAUGGUGUUACUUAUAACUAGACAAAACAGAGCAUAUUUUAGGAGUUGCUAUAUUGGAAGGAUAAUCUUCUCUGACAUAAUCUUGAUGUCAUACAUAUUGAGAAGAACUCUUUUGACAAUUUGUUCAACACAGUGAUGGAUGAUAAGAAUAAGACAAAAGAUAACCCGAAGGCUAGACUGGACUUACAAGAAUAUUGCAGGCGACCUGAGUUACAUUUGCAGUAUGGGAUCAAUGGUAAGUUGUUCAAGCCCAAGGCCAGCUACACAUUCACUUUGGAACAAAGACAACAGAUUUGUGAGUGGGUUACAAAACUAAAGAUGCCCGAGGGCUAUGCAUCGAACAUGGGAAAACAUGCCAAUAUGGUUGAGGGAAAGCUAACUCAUAUGAAAAGUCAUGAUUGUCAUAUAUUCAUUGAAAUCUUAAUCCCUAUUGCAUUUUGUGGAUUGCUUGAAAAUAUAUGGAAACCCAUCACAAAGAUAAGUUUGUUCUUCAAAGACUUAUGUUCUACCACAUUAAGGGAAGAAAACCUAUUUCAAAUGAAUCAAAACAUUCCUGUUAUCAGUAAUAAGCUGGAGAGGAUUUUUCCAUGUGGUUUCUCCGAUGUGAUGGAACACCUGCCAAUUCACCUUGUACAUGAGGCGCGACUUGGAGGCCCGAUUCAAUUUAGGUGGAUGUAUCCAUUCGAGAGAGGAAUAUGAUUGAAGGAUCCAUAUGUGAAGCCUAUCUUGCAAAGGAAACUGCCCAUUUUUGUUCUUACUACUUUGACAGUCAUGUUCCAUGUGCUAGAAAUAGGCCCGAUCGACACAAUGUGGUAAUUGAUAUUGAUCCAUUAUAUCCACCAAUGUCCAUAAUCAACCAGGCCGAGAUUCUAAAGAUCGAGCACAAAGGGGCCUAACUAGUAUGGAGUACAAAUCAGCUUCAAAUCAUGUGUUGCUAAAUUGUCCAGAAGUUCAACCCUUUCUUAAUGACUUCGUGAGUCAAUUUGGUCAUGGUGCUGUAUAUUCUACAUUUGAGGCAUGGUUUAAAGAGUGUGUCAAUAAUCCAAACAACGGUGUUAAUAAAUUUUUGCAAGACAUAUCUUGGGGACCUGCACCUACGGUUAUAACUAUGUCUAAGUUUUGUGUGAAUGGUUACAAAUUUCACACCGAGGAAUGCUCCAAGUAUAAAAAAAGCAAUAAUAGUGGGGUGUGUGUCAAAGGUGGUGAAGGCAACCAGGAUGGGGAAAAUGAUUAUUGUGGUGUGAUCAAAGAGAUUCUAGAAUUGUCAUAUUCUGGUUGGCCAUAUAAGAAGAUCAUACUUUUCCGAUGCAAGUGGUUUGACCCAACACCUAGAAGAGGUACAAAUAUACACUCGCAGUACAACAUAAUUGAGGUUAAUAAAAAGAGGGAGUAUGAUCGCUAUGAUCCUUUAUUAAUUGCAGAAAGAGUUAGGCAAGUGUACUAUGCUCCAUAUCCAUUGCGGAGGGAUAAGGCUGAUUAGUUGGUUGUAAUCAAAACAAAGCCUGUUGGUAGGGUGGAAGUAGAGAAUGUACUAGAUGUUGCUUACCAAAAUGAUACCUCAAGUGUUAACCAAAUGGUAGAUGAUCAGUUAGAAAAUUACUUGGAGCAUCCUCAACGCAUAUUAGAAGAAGUUGAUAUGGAGGAAAUAACAAUCAUAGAAAAUGAGGAUGAAGAAUCACCUAAUGAAAAUGAAAUAAGUGAAGAGGAAGGAUUUUUAGAUGAGGAAGGAUACGUUGACGAAGAUGACUAGCAUGUCAGUUUUUUCAAGCGUUCUUAACUUAUAUAGAUUUAUAUUCUCAAUUCUAACAUUUUCUUUAAUU